AGAGGUAGUGGCGACACUGAAAGAGAGGAUGCUCAAAAGAUCCUAGAGAUCUCCUCGAUGAGUCUGAAUCCUACAAACAAACGCCAUUCCGGCUCUGUAGCUGGCGGCGGCGGCAGCAGUACAUCCAAUCUGAUGUCGGCCUCUGAGAUGAAGCCGCUGAACGAGUCGAAGCGAAACUCUAUAAAAUCAAAGAUCACCAUAUCGGAGGAUGACUCUUUCUCGCUGACGGCGAAAGACUCUAGCUCGGUACUGGAGAUCAACUCGGAGCAACAGUCGCUUCCACACUACUAUAUGAAACCAGUCAAUACAUUGCAUUCGUCGUAUCCCAGUACGCAUCAGCGACAACUAUCGACAGGUAUGACUACCACAAACACACAUGCACCCGCCGCAGCCUCAACAUCAUCGACAUCAUCAUCAACAACAAUGGAUCACUCAUACUUACAUUUUCGUCAUCAUUAUCAAGAGAAAGUUGGUUUGGGUCCACAGUUUAAGACUCCAAUCACAUCUAUUCCACAACACAUGAGAAUGGAAGGAUUUCAACGAGCAAAGCACAAUUCCACCUCUUCUCUUUACAUAAAGAGUACACUUUCCACACCAGACAACGAUGAAAUACUUAGAUGUAUGGCAAAUGCAUUACUAUAUCAUAUAGAGAGAGGAACCCAGACUCCUCAAAAGCAUUUUGAAAUAUUUAGUGAAGAAAAAUAUCCAAUUACAUUGGAUUCUGAAUGUGCGAUUAUGUGUUUGGCUUAUGUAGAAAGAGUUAUUACAUUUUCAGGAGCAACAAUUAAUUCAACAAAUUGGAGGAGAAUUGUAUUGUCAGCUCUUAUUUUAGCAUCCAAAGUGUGGGAAGAUCAAUCAGUAUGGAAUGUUGAUUUCCUGCCGGUUUUCGAUAAUCUCACUGCUGCCGAUUUAAAUAAUUUAGAAAGACAAUUUUUAUCACUCAUUCAAUAUAAUGUUAGUUUAACAGCAAGCACAUAUGCUAAAUAUUAUUUCGAACUAAGGACAUUUUCAAAAUUGGAUUCGACUCACUUCCCACUUAAACCACUUGACAAGAUUGGAGCUAAACGUUUAGAGGAUCACUCACAAGCUUCAGAGUAUAGAGUCAAAACAUUUAAGAGAAGUGCAAGUGUCGAUCAAAUCAAUCCACCCGAGCCACACACCAGAGCUGUUUUGAAUUAA